CCCCCCCCCCACUCCUUCAAAAAGAAUCGGGCUUUUUUGUGGGGGGGGAUUUUUCUACCUCUCCUUGCGUCAGCCUCCCAACGUCACUUCACCGGUGACAGCUCCCUCGGUUUGGGGCUGCAGCAGGACCCUGGGCGCUUUAUUAUCAGCAAGCGCGUGGACCGGGAGGCGGCGGCGGGUGACAGCGCCUGCUUGGUCCUCGGACGCUCUCUUGAGGGGGAGCCCGCUGCGCCCUGGGAGGUUUCGCCGCCUGACCGAAGCCCAGAACUUGCCGCCUUGCGAGGGGAAGGCCGAGGCAGCGGCUGCCCCCCUCCCGGACAGGAGAGGAAAAGGAUGCUGGAGUGACUGACGGCUCGGUGUCCCGGCAGCCGAGCUGGAUUGAUCGCGCUUGGCGGGCGGGAAGAAAAGCCACCGAGGAGCGGCGGCGACAUGGGGGCCUCGCCAAGGGCAUGGUGGUGUUGGCGGUGGCGGCAGCGGCGGCUUCAGGGUUCGCCCCAGGCGACGGCUACCGGCUUCUGGAGCUUGUGUUGGCUGAUGCUGGGCGCUUGGCGGGGGCUGCUCGCCUCCGCUUGCCCCACCUCGUGCGCCUGCAGUCCCGAGCGGAUCUGGUGCAGCGAAGCCGCCGCCAGCCUCGUGUCCUUCCCUGUGCUCGGCAAGAGGAGCGAGCGGGAGAAAGUCACCGACAUUUAUAUUGCAAACCAGCGGGAUUUAGAAAGCAUAAAUGAAAUAGAUGUUGGAUUGUACACUGGAUUAAGAAAUUUAACUGUGGUGGACUCAGGCUUGAAGUUUGUCUCACGCCAAGCUUUCCUGAAAAAUAUUAAUCUACAGUACAUUAACUUCUCCAGAAAUAAGCUUUCAAGUUUGUCCAGGAAGACUUUCCGCCAUCUGAAUUUGACAGAUCUGAUUUUAGAUGGCAACCCUUUCAAGUGUUCCUGUGAUAUUAUGUGGAUCAAAAUAUUCCAAGAGAUCAAGUUUCCAAAAGCAGAAACUCAGGAUUUUUACUGCAUAAAUGACUACAACCAGAAGAUAUCUCUGCUGGAAAAGCCAGUCCCAUAUUGUGGCAUGCCUUCAGUCAAGUUGAAUACACAAAAUCUCACGGUUGUUGAAGGCAAAACUAUCACUUUAUACUGUGAAGCCACAGGAAGUCCAUCACCAACGAUAGCUUGGGUUUUCAAUAAUAUUGUUUCAAAACAUGAGAGUGAUACAAAUAAGAACCCCGCUUCUUUUACUAUAAAGAAUGUCUCAUCAAGUGACAGUGGCAUACAGAUUUACUGUAUAGCAGAAAAUACUGUGGGUGAAGACCAAGCUUCUGUUGACCUCACCGUGUUCUUUGCACCAAAUAUCACAUAUCUUGAAAUACCAUAUUCGGACCAUCACUGGUGCAUUCCAUUCAGUGUGAGGGGAAAUCCACAACCAGUCUUGACAUGGCUGCACGAUGGGGCUAAACUGAAUGAAUCAGAAUAUAUCUGGACCAAAAUACAUGUUACCAAUCGGACAGAAUAUCAUGGCUGCCUUCAGCUGGACAAUCCUACUCAUGUCAACAAUGGGAAUUAUACUUUGGUGGCACAGAAUCAGUAUGGAAAAGAUGAAGCCAACAUCUCUGCUUAUUUUAUGGAAGAUCCUGGAGGUAAGCAAUACCUGGAAUGCUGGUUUCCAACCCCAGAUGAGACAGAACUUACAGGUAGUCCAUUCUAUGAUCAUCCCGGUUACAUUGAAGAUUAUGGAACACCAACAAAUGAUUUUGAAGACACUACAAAUAAUAGUAACCAAGUUACUUCUACGGAUGUGUCAAACAAAGACAAUGAAGAUAGCAUCACUGUGUAUGUUGUAGUGGGGAUUGCUGCAUUGGUGUGCACUGGCUUAGUUAUUAUGCUCAUUAUUCUCAAGUUUGGAAGACAUUCUAAGUUUGGAAUGAAAGAACAGAGCAGCAGUUCCUGCAUGAUAGAUGGUCCAGUGAAAAUUGGCUUUAAUUCGUGGACCAGAGAAGAAAUUACUGAGGAAAGGGGGUGCAAAGAAGCUGCAGACACCACAUCUAAAGUCAAGAUCUUAGCGUAGGUUCUGUUUUGUUUCAUAAGAUUCCACUGGAUGAAUAAAUGAAAUAAAGAAAAAAGAGGGUUUUUUUGAACUUCUGUGCUGCACAUUAGGCAGUUUAUUGUAUUGUCAAUUGCUACACUCCUUGGACCUGUCUGGUAGAGUUGGGUUAUAUUUGAAGGACCUGGAAGUAUGCAAAAUUUUGGCAGCUUCACCACAAAUUCAGCCCUAGGCAGCUAUAAAAAUCAACAAAGCAGAAACAUGAACAAUUAUGUUAUAUUAACAAUUAUCUUCUUCACAAAGCAACAUUUCAACACAUUUUGCCAGUUUGAUUUUAUUAUUUGAAUUUAGCUACAAAGAGAAUUAAUUUCAUAGCUAUUUAUUAAAUGUGAACUGCAAAUAUUUUGAGUACUAAAAGGAGUAAAUAAAAAAUAUUUUAUAUUAUUCUGCAGAAUGUUAAUUUUUAGCCCUUAGAAUAAAUCAUUGAUCUUAGUAGAGUAAUUGCUUAUUUAAACUUGUCCUUCGGUGAGUUGGCAGGCCCUAAAUGUGUAUUAAAAAUAGUUCUGCACAGCUUCUCCAUGUCAGUGGUAUAUAUGGUGUAAAAUGGAGUAUGCAUGGAGUAGUGGUAUAGAGUAUGGAGUAGGAGUAGUAUGGAGGAGAUCAUCUGAAGAGAAUGUAAGCAGUAAAAAUAUCUAUAAAUUUAAUUAAUGUGUAUCUUAGUAUUGUUUGACUAUGUGCAUUGACAUGUUCUAAAACUGAUUUCUUUCCAUGUUAAACAUCUAUGUUAGCAAAGAAACCUUAUAAAAGCAAGUACUAAUGUUAAUUUGGUCUCUUCCAUUACAUCUCCAUUAAAUUUACUGAAUUGCUAUCCUUCAAUGUAUAUAGUUCAGAUAAUCUUAGCACACACGAUGUUCUGUAAUCCAACAGAAAGUGUUACAAUUGCUCCCCUAAUAUCCCCUAAUAUCUGCUAUAUUAUUUGGAGCUCUAAUCAAGCCUUCUUAAUUUUCUCCCCCUUCAUAUUUAUCAUAAUUUCUUAAGUAUGGUAGGAAAGAAAAUAGCUAUGUAAUAUUGAGAUAAUCUUAAAUUCUGUUAUUCUUGAAAGUGAAACAUUUAUCAUGCUACCCUUGUAAAAGUUAUGAAAAAGGUAGUUUCUACUACUGUAACCCAAGAAGUUUGAUUAUCUUUAAGGAAGAAAAGAUGUUUACAUUUCUUGUUUCCAUUUUAAUUCUAUUACAUGCACCUUUGGAGCAUCUUGAUACAAAUGAAAUGAAAUUUUCUACUAAGAGUUCCUCUUGUUUCACCCCUCCUCCAGUUUUUAUAUUUCCAAAUUGGCUUGUUUAGUUUCUCUCAGAAAAAGAAUCUAUCAAUAUUAACAGCUACCUAAUUUUAAAAAUGUUAUUAUUAAAUAAUAGAAUGGCUGACAGAGCUAAUGAUACUUUUAACUGAUUUCAGCCUUGUCCAAGAUCCAGAUUGUAGUUCAUGGGUGUCAAACUUGUGGCGUCACGUUGCAGUCAUGUGAUGUUUCACAAUGUUUUUUUCCCUUUGCAGGGCUGGAGUGGGCAUGGCUCGAGGGUGAUGCAUCUAGCCCAUGGGCUGCCAGUUUGACACUCCAGUCUGACACUGAACUACAGUGUAGUUCAUCUGAGUAGAAUCAAUAGUUGAAGACUAAACCCCAGUUUAGAUUUCCCAACUUCUAGUCAGUCACAAAAUUUAAUUCUCCCAAGGUAAACAAGGUUCCAGAUGAACAUUUAGCUGCAUAAUACAUUUAUUUCUCCUGUAAUCUUUCAAUACUUUAUUCUUAUAAUAUUUUGAAGCUCAACUUUAUAGCCUCAAGUCUGGUUUUUGGAUAAGUCUACAUGUACUGACAGAAUAUUUUGGAUCUAUGUAAUUGAGGCAUUUGUUUUAAUAAAAUAUAAUUUUUUUUGAACCAUAAAUUUAUAUAUGCUGAGUACAUUUUUGGAUGCUUUUGUAUACCAAAUGUAUACAAAGUUUGCCACCAAAUAUAUUGUUUUCAUUGUAAUUUUUCACAGAGUUUUAUUUGUUACUUUUGUUUUGGCAACAACCAAGCCAUCUUAAAUAAUGCACGAGGCUAGCAUUGUUAGUUAAUUUCCUUUCCAAUAGAGGAACAAAUACAUCUGAUUCAAACCAGAUCUUUGAGCUGAAAAUUGCACUAUUUAUUUCAUUGAUAAAUGAAUGAAUAAUAAAUUAUUCUUGUCUAUCACUAGAGAGGUUUUAAUCUGCCCAAACAAUAUUGCUUUACAAAUAUCAUGGUUAAUUAUAAAAUUAAUGAUCCUUAUAAACUAUAGUGACAGUCAUACUAAGAAAUCAGCCAGAAUCCAUUAAGUUUGUUAGACACUUGAGUGCUCAGCAUUCAAAGUUAAAAUGGCCUUUUCUACUUUACUAUGCAAUAAAAAAUGCUAAUGGAUUAUUUAAAAAUUGUUUUGUACUUUUUAUGCAUUUAUAAAGCUUUGCCCCUAGUGUUUACAUUGGAUUUUAUAGCCAACAUUGUCAUUUAGAAGAACAAGGGUUGGUUUACUUACACACACACACACACACACACACACACACACACACACACACUGGGGGUGAGGGCAGGGAAUUAUGCUGUGAUUUAUGAUGAAAUCAGUUGAACUGAGCCUCAUGGGAAUCCUUAUGCCCAGAUGCUUCCACUGGGACAAGCAACAAAGUGCAUUGCUAACCCAUUUUUAAUGCUAUAACAUCAUCUUGUUUAAAAAGUAAAAUAAUUCCUUCCACAAAUAAUUUCAUAUAGUCAACUGCUUUGCAUCCUUUGUCAUUUAACUAUUUGGAAAGUUGUGCUGACAUGGCACAGAACUAUUAAGAAAAGUGAAAUCCUUUGAUCUAGUUAUGAUGGCAUACUUAAUUACAGAUUGUGCUAUUUUUCUGUAAUACAAUUAAUAUAAAAGCUCAUCGUUUGAAAGGAAAUUUUAUUUGCUGACACUUGACCAAAUUCAAGUGCAAUUUUGAUUUCCCAAGCUAUAUAACUAAUGAUUGUUCAGCUAACACGGGCUUUGAAUCAAUUUUAGUGUUGGGGUGUUGAUAUAAUAAUUUUCCUUUUUACAAACAAAAUAAUGAUACUUUAGAAAAUUGAGAAUUUAAAAUUAUGAUCAUUUUAUUUUUAAUAGAAUUCAAGUCCAUAUAAAUUUUGCAAAUUUUAUGUAAUCUAUUUUUGCAAAAGGAGAACAACCCAAAUGCUCAUAAAUGUCAUUUUCAAUAUGAGAAAAUAUAUUUAUAACUAUAUCCCUAAAAAUAAUUUUUCUAAUUUAAAUUUUUAAUAGAUUGACAAAACUUAGACAUGUGUCACUGAUUUCAUCAUUGCUAUGGAUAAGUAUUUCCACCUGUUCAUUGGAAGACAUUGCAAAUAAUUCCUAUACCUUGGAAGUCCUGUAAGGAAAUUAUGUAAAUAGCUGAUAUCCAUGAGCAAAUUUUUGCUGCAUUUUGGUAGGAUUUUAUUUUGGUAGAAAAUAAAAAGAGCUUGUUGUGCAUUCAUAUACUAGUAAGGUCAAUAGGAUUUAUCCUAUGUUUUACUCGUCCUUUUAUUAAGAAAGAUUCAAAUGCCAUGGUUCAUGACCAAUAAUUGUUUACAGCCUAAUUAAAGCAUAACACAAGUUCAAUAUAAUUAUUAUCAAUUAUGAUCAUUGUUCACAUCCAAUUUUCUAUUUGUGUUGGGAUAAUAAGCACUGCUGUAAUCCAUUAAUCAUCUAUAGAAUUUUAAAUACUCUUAUCAUACUCAGUUUUAAAGUUUUUUUUUCUAUCUCUUGUAUAUAAUUGACAAUCACUUAUUUUAUUUCAAAAUAUACUCUUGAUAAUAAGAGCAGAUUGUACUUACUGAAUUUUCUAAUUUUCUAAACUUAUUUUUAACAGAGUAAUAAAGUUUUAUAAUUUGUUA